CAGCUGGUGUUAUUCAACUCAGAACAGACCUGUCAGCCAAGCAGUUCAGGUGAGACAUGGCACCUCUAGUGCUAUGCGUGUUGGUUGUUCUCGCUGUUGCAGCUGAAUCAGUUCCACCAAUAGAGGAAAUUAACAAAUUAACUUUUGAAGAAAGGCUGACAGAAGCGCUUAACUACAUCAGCAGCAAUGCGACUCUCAAAGCAGCUUAUGAAGAACACUUGAAGGCUUACGAAACAGACCCUCUGCUUCAUGCGUCAGCUGAUGAGCCAUUUCCAUGUGACCUGAAAAAAUCAUCGGCGAAACCAACUUCAGUUCAUAAACUCCAGCCUGGUGAUAUAGAUGUUGUGGCCGCUAUGGGGGAUUCAAUCACUGGUGGAAAUGGAAUCCAGGCAAAAACUGCUAUUGGUGUUUUAACUCAGUGGAGAGGGGACUCGUGGAGCAUUGGUGGUGAUAAGACAUGGGUGCAAAGAAAAACUAUACCAAACUUUCUUCGGACUGUCAAUCCGAAUCUGCGUGGCUUUUCUAUUGGUACUGGUGAUAAAAUGAAUCCCAAUGCACAUUUGAAUGUAGCCAAGGCAGGAGCGACAGCAGACAACAUCCCCAUCCAAGCCAGGAUGCUUGUGGACAGAAUGAAGGUCGAGAAAGGUGUGGACUUUGAAAAUGACUGGAAGGUGAUCACUCUGUUUAUCGGUGGCAAUGACAUCUGUGCCUGUGACCUGAGUGCUCACAAUCCCGAUUCGUACAAGGCAAAGAUUAUGGAAGGAUUGGAUAUCCUGCACGCAGAGGUGCCAAGAGCUUUCAUCAAUCUCGUUGAAGUUCUGGACGUGUCGAUUCUGGCUGAUCUGAAUGGUGGACUAGUUUGUGCUGCUCUUCAUAUCUAUGAAUGUCCGUGUGGUGCAUUUCCAAUUACUGAUGCAAGGCGCAAAAAUGUUCAGAUCAUAGCGAAGGCAUUCCAGGCGACCAUCGCAGAGAUUGUUGGGAGUGGACGCUAUGAGACCAAAGAUGACUUCACCGUUGUUCAUCAGCCCUUCUUCAGAGACACAGUACCUCCUGUAUUGGCCAAUAAUGAGUAUGACCUGAGCUACUUUUCUCCAGACUGCUUCCACUUCAGUGAGAAAGGUCAUGCUGGAGCAGCGGAGGCGCUUUGGAACAAUAUGGUGGAGCCAGUUGGAAUGAAAAGAACUGAAUGGAGAAUAGGAGAGCCACUAGAGUGUCCUACUGAGGAAUACCCAUACUUUGCCACGGCAAAGAAUAGUGGGGGCAGAGAUGGCUUAAAGGGCGUUCCAAAUCUCCUCGGUGCAAAAUCCGCCGACACAAAAUCUGGUCUUCUUGGAGCUCAGAGCGUUGGUGGACAGAAUGUUGGGGUAAAAGGCGCCCGUGUGGGAUCAGAUGCACAGCCAAUUGGCGCAGGCGCACAACCCGCCUUCCACAAUCAACAAGCUGGAUCAGAAAACCCAUCAACAGGAUUGUCAACAACCAGUGCCAUCAUUCUCGGCUGUACGCUGACUCUGUUGGUUGUGGUAGCUCUAGCGUUACUGGCGCGAAAGACUAUCGCUGCUCGUGCUGGAAGGAGUCGGUAUGAACGUCUUCCCGAGUCGCCUCUGAUAGUCGCUAAUAGUACAACUCCUAAGUAUUGUUAGGGUGGGAUAUGUUGACAUAUGAACUCCUGGGUGUGUGUGACUAGGUUUAUAUCGCACUGUGGUCAAUGGGGUUUCUUGUUAAAGUUAUAUCACGGGAAAGAAGACACCCAGUACCUCCAGUUCAGUACCACUUCAUCAAAUUACGACGGAGCAACUCUUAGCGCACUUGAUAAUGGAUUUCUGCAUAUCUAUUUUCUCCACAAAUGCAACUUCGUGAAUGUGUAAUGUUUUUAUUGAGGUAUAAGAGAGUCCUACAUAAUCGGAUGUAUUUUUGAUUGCUCAAUUGAUGCCCUGCAUAUUUGGUGAUAUAUUGUUAUUGAUUAUUGAUAAUCUUGUGACAUAAAUGUGAUGUACAGGUUUAACUAUUUUGACAAAGGUGUUGGAUAUUGUUCCUUUUCACCUUCAAUAGGCAUGGUGCUACUGUACAUAUCUAUUUUGCUUUAUAAACUUUUGAUCAAAAGGUCAGAUGCCUUAAGUAAUAGAAUGUAUGUGAUAAUGUUCUCAGGGUGAUUCAGAAUCAUAAUGUUGCAAAUGUAUUUUAAAUAUUAUGUAGAUAUAGUAGAUGUAUUGUAUGACUCAAUAUUUAAGGAGUCACUUGAAUGAUGACUUUCAUUGGCAUUCAAAGGGGGUUUUUUUCUUCAAAAAUACAAAGGCUGUACGAGUCAAUAUUUGAAGAUAUGUUUCAGUCGGGGGUCAAACGUAUGUACAUAUAUUUUCCAUAAUUUUAGGACCCCCUCCCAGUAUGCAAAACGAUGGUAAAAAUGUACUGGAAAAUGAACAGCAUCCACAAGAUUGCCCAAAGUCUUUACCCACAGAUGCAAAGAGUAAAAAUUUGUAUGAUAGGAAAGUGUACAGUGUACACAAAUGACCGCCCAAAUUCUUGACCCCCUGAGAUGCGUACGUACUUAAAAGUAUUGCCCCUUACGGCUUUUCACGAUUAUUUUAAUGAGUUUUGCAACCAGUCCCCAACCCGACUAUCCCGGGAACUACUGUAACUUCUAGGGCAGCACACUUGAUUAGCUAAUUGAUAUAAUGUGUUCUUCCAAUUUUGUUCAUUUUGAUGUGUUAUGAUCUCGUCUCCUCAGAUUAAUCGACUGCUGUUUGAAUAAACUUUCAUGGUCUUUGAAUAAAGUUUUUUGAUUUUAAAAA